GGCCGCCGCCCCGCCCUCCGGUCGUGAGGAGCUCGCGCCCCAGCCGGAGCCCGCGCCGCGCCUUCGCCCGCCACCGCCCACGACCCCGGCCCCGUCGAGCCAGCCCGGCAGGCAGCAGUAGCUCUUGAGUGUGCAGGACCCUCUGCAAAGACAUGAAGCUGCUGGAGAACUCGAGUUUUGAGGCCAUUAACUCGCAGCUGACUGUGGAGACGGGAGAUGCCCACAUCAUUGGCAGGAUAGAGAGCUACUCUUGCAAGAUGGCGGGCGACGACAAGCAUAUGUUCAAGCAGUUCUGCCAGGAGGGGCAGCCCCACGUGCUGGAGGCACUGUCCCCACCGCAGACGUCCAGCCUCAGUCCCAGCAGACUGAGUAAGAGCCAAGGAGGUGAGGACGAAGGCCCGCUGAGCGACAAGUGCAGUCGGAAGACCCUCUUCUACCUGAUCGCCACUCUGAAUGAGUCCUUCCGGCCCGAUUACGACUUCAGCACCGCACGGAGCCACGAGUUCAGCCGGGAGCCCAGUCUGAGCUGGGUGGUGAAUGCAGUCAACUGCAGCCUGUUCUCAGCUGUGCGGGAGGAUUUCAAGGCCCUAAAGCCACAGCUGUGGAACGCGGUGGAUGAGGAGAUCUGCCUGGCCGAGUGUGACAUCUACAGCUACAACCCAGACCUGGACUCGGACCCCUUCGGGGAGGAUGGCAGCCUCUGGUCCUUCAACUACUUCUUCUACAAUAAGCGUCUUAAACGGAUCGUCUUCUUUAGCUGCCGCUCCAUCAGCGGGUCUACUUAUACCCCCUCUGAGGCGGGCAACGAGCUGGACAUGGAGCUGGAGGAGGAGGUGGAAGAGGAGGAGGAGGAAGAGGAAGAAGAGGAGAGUAGGGGUAGAGGCAGCAAGGGCGGGCCUGAGGAGAGUGGCACGAUGGAGGAGGACAGGGUCCCGGUGAUGUGUAUGUGAGAGGCAGGAGCAGAGACCUUCCCUGCGUCUGCUUCGACCAGUGCCUGGACCUGCCCCACUCAGCACCACCCCACUUGAGACCACUCGGCCGGCUUGGCCCUUGGGCUUUUGCUAUGGAUGUCCAAGCACUCAGCCCCAAGGCUCCUGCUGCUCACGGCGCUGGCUAGACAGGACUGCAGUGGGCCUGUUGGAAGACCCUCCACCAGGCCCCGAGGAGCUGAUGUGACGGCGGUGCUGCAGGACCACAGAGUUUAUUUUUGUAUUUUGUACUGGGUUAGGCCUGGGCCUGCGCACUCCAGCCCCAGGGGCCCAAGACCCAGCAGGCAGCCCCUCCCCCGCCCGUGUUGACACGCCUGGGUCUGGCCAGUCCCAGACUCCCACCUGGACCCCCCUCUUGCCCACUGGGCAGUGUGCACUGAGUGUCACUUUGCUACAGCUCGUUUGUUUCCAAUAAAAGUUUGUGUCUUCUCA